AUGACGGCAGUAUCAGUGACCAGUGCUCAAAGUGUAGAGGAUAGAAUGGGCUUACCCUUAGCUGAGCGCCAUUUGUUGUCCCUAGCGCUCGUCGUCAUGGCGGUGAUGGUGUUGGGCUCAAUGGCGGACAACUACGUCACAAAGUACGAUAAUAUAAACCUAGAGGAAAUCUUCAACAGCUCCCGGUUGAUGAACAACUACAUGAACUGCCUGAAAAACUUGGGCCCCUGUACACCUGAUGGAAAAGAACUGAAAAAAAAUCUUCCCGAUGCACUGAUGAGCGACUGCGUUAAGUGCUCGGAAAAGCAGCGCAUCGGCUCGGACAAGGUGAUCAAGUUCAUAAUCGCGAACCGGCCGGACGAUUUUGCGACGCUCGAGCAGCUCUACGAUCCAACCGGCGAGUACCGGCGGAAGUACCUAGCACCGGACGGGACACUGAAGCCCCGUGAGGAUGAGGAAGAAGACGUACCCCCGGUGAAGGUGGCCAACGAUGGGGACAUUGAGAUCGACACUGCGGCCCACGCAACCGAACAUAACACAGCCCCGUCUCAAGAUCACGACCACGGCGAAGGUCAUACCGAUGAGAGUAAAAAUUGA